GGUCUUGUUUUACGCAUUCCUAUUUUGUCAUCUUGCUGACUAGUUAUCCUUAUAUCUAUGUGGCUACAUCAUGAGGCGUGUCUGUGCUAAUCAUGGGUGCCAGCUCUUAGUUGCAAGUUAUCUCCCUUUCACACUUCACAGCCCAAUUGGGCGCUACCAAAGUACUCAGGGAAACUCUCCGGCGAAGAUGGAGGCUGGUACACUGGGUGAGGGGUCGACAGCUCCUCCUGGAGUUGAUCAGGAGAAUCCUUCUGCGCAUCAGGCAUCUGAGGCGCCAAAAACACGGAUUCGAUCGAGUGCAGUGAAGUCGGUGAUGGAGAGGGCCGCAUCUGCGAGACGGGAUAUUUUCGAUUUGUGGAGGACCACCAGUGAACAGGAGCUUAGUUUAACAAACUGUCCGACCACAACAGACGAAAAACAAGCUGCAGGUGAUCAGGCGCGCAUCACAGGUGUUGCUCAAAUUUUAGAUGAAUAUCGUAUCAGUGUGACCACGCAAAGAGACGAGGAUAUCUGCCGUGGUUUGGGUGACGCGCUGGAUCGGCUUCUUUUGUUGUGCGUUCCGUUUUCUAGCACCGUUGGAACCGAGCAGCUGGAGCAAAUUCUCCAUGUUACUGGACGUCAGGGCCGGAAGCUAUCCGUCCGCACGAUUCAACACCUCUUUUCUCGAGCCAACAACUACGCGGAAGCCUUAGCGAUCUUUUACUCGCUACGUCGUUGCCACUUUGCCAUGAACAUGGAGACAUACCAUGCUAUGAUGUACUCGCUGCAGCGUCUUGAGGAGGAGGGGUGGGCGAUGCGUUUUCAUGAUGAUUACAUCAAGAGUGGUGGGGAGAGCCUUUCCGAACAGGCCUUGGAUUUUGUGUUGAGUGGCAUAAACAAUCAACUUCUACCCGAAAAUAAACCAUGGCUGGGGCGCAUUAUGUUUUCAGAGGUUAACAACGCUGCUACAGAACGCCAAGCGCGUGAGUCGUUUGAUGAAUUGGGAAAGCUUUGGCUAAAUCGAUAUAAGGAGGGGUAG